AUGUCACUGCCCGCCGCGAAGACGCUCCGAAGCUUGAAGGGGUUGGGCUCUUCUGCCACCCGGGCCGGCAGCUACGACGCGACUCGCCGUAACCUGAUGAUCAACCGUGACACCAAGGUGCUGGUCCAAGGGUUCACCGGAAAGCAGGGCACUUUCCACGGCAAACAGAUGAUCGAGUACAACACCCGUGUUGUUGGCGGUACCAACCCGAAGAAGGCCGGCGAGACCCACCUUGGACUCCCAGUUUUUGCUUCGGUGCAAGAGGCUCGCAAUAAGACCGGAUGUGACGCGACUGUCAUCUACGUUCCACCAAGUGGAUGUGCUUCGGCUAUUGAGGAGGCUAUUGAUGCCGAGGUCCCGCUGAUCGUAUGCAUCACCGAAGGCGUACCUCAACAGGACAUGGUCCGAGUCAAGGCCAAGCUCCUCAAGCAGUCUGCCUCGCGUCUCAUCGGUCCCAACUGCCCGGGAAUCAUCGCCGCUGAGCAGUGCAAGAUUGGCAUCAUGCCCGGCCACAUCCACAAGAAGGGAUGCAUUGGUAUCGUGUCCAGGUCCGGAACCCUGACCUAUGAGGCAGUGCACCAGACAUCCAUGGUCGGACUAGGACAAACACUGUGUGUCGGAAUUGGAGGAGAUCCCUUCAACGGAACGAACUUCAUUGAUUGCCUCGAAGUAUUCCUCGAGGACCCAGAAACCAAGGGCAUCAUUCUGAUUGGCGAGAUUGGAGGAACGGCCGAAGAGCAGGCCGCCGAAUACUUGAAGCUGCAUAACCGUGGAGAGAACGCGAAGCCGGUUGCCUCGUUCAUUGCUGGUCUCACGGCCCCACCAGGCCGACGAAUGGGUCACGCCGGAGCUAUCAUCGCCGGCGGCAAGGGCACGGCUACCGAUAAAAUCGAUGCCCUUCGCGCUGCUGGUGUCAAUGUGACUGAAUCCCCGGCUCAGCUCGGAAUCACCAUCCAGCACGCCCUUCAGAAGAAGUACUUC